AUGGAGCCGCGGUCUUUGGAGCGCGAGGGUGUUAUGGAGCCCGCGCCAGAGGCGCCGGGGCCAGUGGAGAGUUCGAUGGUGUCGUUCGGGCUGGCUCCGAUGGCGGAAAGCGUGCCGUGGCAGGGAACAAAGACUUCGACGGAAGCCGUGUCAGAGCCAGAGUCAAAUGGCCCGAUGUCAGAAAGUGUGCUAGAUCGAUUUCUCGCCCCAUGGGUCGUCAUGGGCCGGGACAUCCACACGUUGGGGCGAGGGUCGCAGCUGGUGGUCACUGGCAACAUGCGUGAUGCGCAGGUGCCGGCGCUCCUGGUGGACAAGGACGGCGCGGCGCCGCACGAGGAGACGGUGCUAGACCGAUUUCUCGCCCCAUGGGUCCUCAUGGGCCGGGACAUCUACACGUGCGGGCGAGAUCUGCUAGAAGCUGUCCUCGCGUACACCGAAGUGGGCGAGGGCGAAGCAUUGAAGGCGUUUGGCUUUCACGAUACCCCCAGCCUCAAGUGGCAUGCGCGAUGCUGUGAUGACGAGGAGGAUGACGUCUCCGUUGGUGCACCCCUUGUGCUUCGAGUGGGGCACGAGCUUGCCGUUCUUUCUGCACUGCUGUCGAUUGCCGGUGGAAUGCCGGCUGUGGAUCCAGGGCUGGCUCUGGCCAGUGCCAAUCUGGGUCCCUUUACCGGAACGACGUAUACGCUGAGUGUCCUGGCCACAUCGGUACUGACGAUGAGUGUCCCGGCUCUUCUCCAGAAGCAUCCGGAGGUGCGUCAGCGCAGGGGCUUCCGGGCUGCUGCGGCGGCUGCUGCCACGGCAGCGGCGGGACAGAUCGCUUUUAUGACGCUGUCGCUGACGCCCAGCAUCGCCUUCGCAAACAUGCUGCCUGGGGUCACGGUUAGCGACUUCAUGCAGCCCAUGCAGAACCCGUUCAUGGUUGUGCAUCUCAUCAGUCACUCGAUGAAUCUGCCGCUGAUGAAUCUGACGCUGGGCAGGCUAGCGGGCAGAAGUGUGGCCGAUAUGAGCACCUGCCACUAUUCCACAGCGCUGUACAGCAUCUCAGUCAUCCUCUCGGCGGCGACGAAGGAAGCCUACUUCCGCUGGCCUCUGCUCAUCCUCGGUGGCCUCUGUCUGAAGAAGGGGCUCGCCGACCUCGAGGAAGUGUCGAAAUUCGUCGAAACACUGGCCCCGCGCAACCCCACGACGCAAGUGUGGACGCAGAAGCACAAGAUCUGCCCCUUUGUUGCACAUUGGGGCUUCUGCUUGCAGUAA